AUGAGUUCAGAGAAAGAUUUCAAAGUUGUUAUUGCGGGUGGAGGUAUCGCGGGGCUUGCCCUGGCCCUCAUGCUCGAGCAGUUCGAUCUAGACUACGUCGUUCUCGAGGGCCAUAGGGAGAUUGCACCAGCGGUUGGCGCCAGCAUUGGCAUGUUUCCCAACGGAAUGCGCAUCCUGGACCAACUUGGGUGUGUCGAACAGAUCGAGGAGGUGUUUGCAGGCAUCAUUCCUUACAAGAAGACGUAUACUCGAGACGAGCAGGGCCGAGCCUUGUCCACGAUGGAUGACUUUUUCGAGCGGUUGAGAGUUAGAUUCGGGUAUGGUCUUUAUUUCUUCGACCGGCAAAAGUUGUUGGAGAUCUUUUACGACAAGCUCGAGCACAAGGAGCGGAUCUUGACGCAGAAGAAGGUGACCAAUGUCAACCUGGUUAAGGGGGGUGUCGAAGUCAUUUGUGCCGAUGGCUCCCUUUUCACUGGCACUUUUCUCGUUGGUGCAGAUGGCAUUCACAGUGCCGUGCGGGAAUCAAUGACUGAGCUGGGCCACAAGCUUCAGCCUGGCUACUUUGAUCCCAGCGAAAAUGACAGGGUGCCGUGCUAUUAUAGGUGUAGCUUUGGUAUCGCUCAGCAUGUCCCGAACUGGGUUCCGAGUGAACAACACCUAGUUUUCGGCACGGCAUGUUCUCAGCUUGUCAUAUCGGGUCCCGACGACAAAGUGUAUUGGUUUCUGUUCGAGCAACUGCCAGAAAUCAAAUACGGCAAGGAUAUUCCAAAGUAUACCAAGGAGGACGAGGCAGAGUUUGUGAAGCGAAACAAAGAUGUUCCCAUCACAACUGAGAUUACAUGGGGAGAUGUCUACAACGCUCGGAUCUCGUCUGCGCUGACACCACUCCAUGAGGUCGUCUACAAGAAGUGGUUUUUCAAUAGAAUCAUUACAUUAGGUGACUCUUGUCAUAAGCCGAACCCGAUCGGUGGGCAGGGAGGCAACGGGGCUCUUGAGUCUUGUGCGGUGCUCGUGAACAACCUGCUUCGACUGAAAGAUAGGCGAGGAGGCAGUCUAUCAGACCUUACAGAUGCGGAGAUUGAAGAUAUUUUCCAGGAAACACAAUCAACUAGGCACGAACGUGCGAAGGACAUUGUCCACCAAGCCCACGUCAGACAGUCAUUCUUUGCCAAAGAGAACCCCAUUCUCACCAAUUUUAUCAACAACUUUGUGUCGCCUCUGGCUGGUUCUGACGCGGUUCUUGCCAUGCUGACUGAUGUCUUCAAACCCGGAGCGAGAAUAGAGAAACUUCCUGUGCCUCACAAACCACGGUUCAUUCCAUAUGAUGACGAGCUGCCUGCGAACAUCAUUGACGACUCGGUCCACAAACUGGUGCGCGGAGCGGUUGUGGGUGGUAUGGGAGCCACUCUGUUCCUCGCGGCCAAAUCACUUCGUCUCCCAUUCAUUGAAGUCGCCGAUUGGAGUGCACAAAACAUGAGCCUCAAGUGGUUUGGCAACAAUGGUGCCUCGAGAUUUUUCGAGCUGGUGACCUCUGUCCUGGCAGUGCCGAUUCAGGAUCCUUCGGCCAGGCUACAUAUUACAAACUUUCUCCCGCAGCUGAUCUCACCUAUCCUCAUAUAUACCAUUGAAGGGUAUCGAAAGGGACAGCGGGCAAGUCCUUUGGCUUUACCCUCACUUUUCAAUGCGGGUAUGCAAGUCCAGGGGAUUGCGCGAGUAGCCCCUUUUCACGCCAUAUUGAGUGCAUUCUUCUGGAGCGAGGGACCUGUAGAACGCACUAUUCCGCUCGAGGUAGCAAAAUCUCUUGUUCCUGCGGUAACCCUCGGCUUUGUUAUCCCAACCGUCAUGGCGCUUUUGCCGACACCAAACCAGGCAGCUGGAAAUCAUUGGCUUGGACUGUGGCAAUUUGCACCGCCACUAGUCAAUCUGUUCACAUAUCUCAUCUCAAAAGGCCUGAAGAAAUGGAACGAAAGUCGUGAGGGGGUGGAAAAGAAAGACGAGUUGGACGCCGACCCAGCUCAAGAUCUCCCCAUACUAAAAUCGGUCUACACGUACGCAUUCGCCAUCCAAGCGACCGCCCAUAUCACUACACUUGCAUACGGUUCGAGCUACCCGGGGUUGAGUCUUGUAAAAACGUUCUUCAAUCUUCCUAACCCCUUCUCUGCCAAUUGGAAAUUCCCGAGCUUGGGUGCUGAGUUAGCAACCUUUUUUAGGUAUGACAUGGUCCUGGGGGUUACGGGAUAUGUAGGCAGCAACCUGCUCUCAAUUUGGAAUCUGCGUCGCCAGGGAUUUAUCAAGACGCACGAGGCAGUCAGGGUAGCGCUUUGUGUAGCAGUUGGACAGUUUCUUGUCGGUCCUGGCGCAACAUGGGCUGGCUUGUGGUAUUGGCGGGAGGACAAGAUUGCUGGAAUCGCCAAGGCAAGCGGUGUCAUCUAG